AUGUCUAGCAGUGAAAGUUCGGAUACGGAAAUGAUCGAUCGUAAAAGAAAAAAAAGAUGUCCUGAAACAUGGAAGAGAAAUGAAAGGAAGAAAGCUCGUCUUCUUGGAAGCCAAUACACAACUAAAACUGGGAAAAUAGUCAACAAAAGGGAGGUUAAAGCAGAUUGCACAUGUAAAAAGAAAUGCAUGACUAAAUUUAGGACGGAAGAAAAAGAAGCUGUUUUGAGAGCAUUAUACGAGAAAGGUUCAAAAAACGAACAAGAUGUCUAUUUCCAAGGGUUAAUGGAAUGUAAACCAGUCGUUAGGAAGCGACCAAAUAAAGAGGCCAGAGAAAAACUCAGGACAGCGAGUUUUUCUUAUUACAUACGAAAACCUUUAGAGAAACAACAGAAUUUUGCAUUAAAAUUCGGGAGGCCUCAAGUAGAUGUAUGUGGACAAUGCGAGGAAUUAACAACAAAACUUAAGGAUUCAAAGUUAAACGACAACGCUAAGAGAGUUGCUGCUGCCGAAUUAAUGGUUCAUAAGCGUCGAGCUAAAAAAUUUUACUCAAAGCUAAAGGAAGUCACUGAUCUGUGCCAUGAACGAGAAGAUGUUGGUGGAAUAGUUUUUGACUAUAUUCAAAAUAUGCCGCUGCCUGUUAUACCUGUCCAGGAAAUGUUUUAUUACAGGCAACUACGGCUAUAUGGGUUUGAAAUACACGAUUUAAAAAAUGAUACUGGACAUUUUUAUACAUACCAUGAGGGACAAGCCGCGAAGGGACCCAAUGAGGUAUGCACGUUUAUCAAUGAUUAUGUGCAGAAAAUGCCAGCGGAGAUUCAAGAGCUGCACAUAUUUUCGGACGGUUGCCCGGGCCAAAACCGGAAUAAUACCGUAAUAAGAUAUUUAUUAGCACUUGCAGCUUCAAAAAGAUUUCGCGAAAUUUAUCACUACUUCCCAUUGCGUGGUCACUCUUUUUUACCGUGCGACAGGGACUUCGGAUGUCUUAAGAGAGUGAUAAGAAAACAUGAUCGUAUAUAUCUUCCAGAAGAUUAUGAAAACAUGAUGCUCUCUUGCCGCAAAGUAAAGCCGUUUACUGUAUCAACAAUAUGUUAUAAAGAUAUAACUGAUUACAAAACUUGGUGGCCCAAAUAUUACAAAAAAACUUGUCAAUCUUCAGAUGAAAUAAAAUCCAAAUUUACACUAUCAAAUUACAGGCAGUUUACUUAUGAUAGUUCUACACCUGGAUACCUCAUCACUAGCGACUAUAUCGGAGGAUUUGUGUCGCAAUGUUUUAAAUUAAUCAAACCUAAAGCCAUGCCAACUUUACCAACUAACCCUGCAUAUUCAAAGACAUUACCAAUAAAUAUAAAGAAAAUUGAUAAUCUAAAAAAAGUCCUGCAAUAUAUGUCGUCAGAAAUAUUGGAAUCUAUUACCAUAUUACUUCAUGGGAAACCACCAACGCUGAAUGUGAGGCAACUGAGGCGGACUAAUAAAACUAUUUUUAUUGUAUUAUAG